GUCGUCACAGGGCAGAUGAUCAGGGUGCGUCCGCCUUUUCCCUCCCCCUUCCAUCCUCCUCCCUCCCCUCCCCUCGUCCCUCAAUCUUCUCCCUCUUUCCUCUCUCUCCCUCCCUGGCGGCUCCUGAAGACUCCGGCUUCCGGUCAGAGGCGGGCUGCAGAAGCGUGUCCCGCCUCUUCCGCUCCCCGGUGGUGGCGCGGGUGGAGGCAGUGGCAGCAGCAGCGGCGCCUGCGCGUCUCCUGUCAGAGUCGGCAGGCUGGUCCCCUGGGAGGCCCAGCUGGACGCGGCCGAGCCGAAGCCCGGGGGCCGAUGGCGAUGAACUAUAACGCGAAGGAUGAGGUGGACGGCGGGCCCCCGUGCCCACCUGGGGGCGCUGCCAAGACCCGGAGGCCGGAUAACACGGCCUUCAAACAGCAACGGCUACCCGCCUGGCAGCCAAUCCUCACGGCCGGCACGGUGCUGCCUACCUUCUUCAUCAUCGGCCUCAUCUUCAUCCCCAUUGGCAUCGGCAUCUUCGUUACCUCCAACAACAUCCGUGAGAUCGAGAUUGAUUACACUGGAACAGAACCUUCCAGCCCCUGUAAUAAAUGUUUGUCCCCGAAUGUGACAUCCUGUGUUUGUACCAUUAACUUCACACUGGAACAGUCGUUUGAGGGCAAUGUAUUUAUGUAUUAUGGACUGUCUAAUUUCUAUCAAAAUCAUCGUCGUUAUGUGAAAUCUCGAGAUGAUAGCCAGCUAAAUGGAGACCCUAGUGCUUUGCUUAAUCCAAGUAAGGAAUGUGAACCUUACCGAAGAAAUGAAGACAAACCAAUUGCUCCAUGUGGAGCUAUUGCCAACAGCAUGUUUAAUGAUACGUUAGAGUUGUUUCUGGUUGCCAAUGAAUCUGAUCCCACACCUAUUCCAAUUCCUUUGAAGAGGAAAGGUAUUGCUUGGUGGACAGAUAAAAAUGUGAAAUUCAGAAAUCCACCUGGAAAAGAAAGUCUCAUAGAAAAAUUUAAAGAUACAACAAAGCCAGUAAACUGGCAUAAACCAGUAUAUAUGCUAGACCCUGAUGAGGAUAAUAAUGGAUUCAUAAAUGAGGACUUCAUUGUUUGGAUGCGUACUGCAGCAUUACCUACUUUUCGUAAGUUGUAUCGUCUUAUAGAGCGGAGAAAUGAUUUACAUCCAACAUUACCAGCUGGACAGUACUUUUUGAACAUCACAUACAAUUACCCCGUACAUUCUUUUGAUGGACGAAAACGGAUGAUCUUGAGCACUAUUUCAUGGAUGGGAGGAAAAAAUCCAUUUUUGGGAAUUGCUUACAUCACUAUUGGAUCCAUCUCCUUCCUUCUGGGAGUUGUACUGCUAGUAAUUAAUCAUAAAUAUAGAAACAGUAGUAAUACUGCUGACAUCACCAUUUAGUUUUAUAUUCUGAAAACAAAUCUACUGCAUGUGCAUCAAGGCCAGUCCUGUUCAACCUAGCCUUUGAAUGCUGAUGUCUGGUUAGUAUGUCAUUUUGAAGUUGGCACAUAACUUAAAAAAACAAAAAAAUGCCUUUGUCCUUUGCUUCUUACAUAUGGAUGACUUAUGAAAAUAUACGACGGGUAUAAAAAUUAGGUAUAUUGAUCAUAUCAAUAUUGUAACUGCUAAAAUGGCAUUAUUGGGACAGGCCAUGCGAUGCAUAGAGUCUCUGUCAUGUGAAAUGAGUCUACUGCUUAAGCGUUUAUGCUGUGUUGAUAACAUUAUAUUGAUAUGAUGUUGUACAUGUGUGCCUCCUGUGUGAAGAAAGGGAUUAUGAGAUGUAGGAGUGUAAUGACUUACUAACCCUUUGAAAUUUGGUUACAGUUCAGAUUGAAGAAAGACUAAAUAUAAAUAAAACACUUCAUUGUUUUCAUGUGUCGUGUGUAAAGGCUUAAAGUCCCUCCUUGUUGAGGUGGUUCAUGUGUCAGUUUCUCUAUUAUAGUUAUUUGGUAAUAACUUUAAUUUCAGAGGACAUACUUAGCUUGUCCAGUAUAGGAAUUAAUAUCUAAAGAGGUCAGGUAGGUCUUGGAUAGAAUUUUAAAUCCUUUUUAAUUUGGCUAAGAUUUUGCUUUCUGGAGUCCAAGCUACUUGAAAUGUUUAUAUGUGAUCAUCUCCCUGAAAGCUUACACUUCAAAAGGGAAGAAAGAAUAUAGGUGAGAUGGGACAGCUGCUUGGCAAACCCUCAUCCUCUGUCAACUGUAAACCAGGUGUAAAUGUUCAAAGGAGACUGUUGUCAUUAUUGUGGUGUGUAAUGUUAAGAUGAUUGCUCUGCCUUGGAAAUACCUCAAGCUGUUCUUACUUAGAAGGUAAGUAUUUUGAUUUAGUACUAAUAUUAUAGCCCAGAAAAAUACUAACUUCUUCCAUAUUUCAUUAAAUACUUGCAUACAGGUCAAAUAAAUGUGGUUAUGUAUACAACUCUCUUUAAUAAAGGUAAUGCUUUGAUUAGUUUUCCUAAGAUAUCCCUUAAAAAGAUGUUCUAUACAUUUCCUACUUGAAUUCGAGGGAGGGGGGAUUUGGAAAAUGUUCAUGAUAAAAAAAAUAUAUAUCGGAUUGAAGUUACUUUAUUUUCUAACUAGAAUUAUUUUAAUAUUCCUUUGAUGAAUAAAUGCUGUAAUUUGUUUGCUAUGGAAGUUAUUCCUGAAGUGAAUGUAAAUUAUUUUUCCACAUGCAUGAAAAUGUAUGUAUUAAUCAAAAUUGACUCAUUGCAUUGAAAUUACUUGUUUUUAUACUAAAGUAAUGCUUGUUUUUCAGAAUGUGUAAUGAUUUCCUUUGGUUAUAUUUUUAAAUCAAAAGGUCUGAGUAAUGUUUCAGUUUAGAUUAAGAUGUGCUUAAGAUAACAAAAAAUUCAAUGGUUCAUAGUAGAAAUGUGCCACUUAAGCUUUGUAUGAUAUGAAAUUCUGUUAAAAGAGCUUGUAAUUCAUGGUGACUUUUAACUUAUAAAAAUAUUACUUGCAUGGGUUACAUGGUUUAUGGAUAUAUAAAAAUUUCUCAGGACAUAAGUUCUUUCUCUAAAAUUAUUCUUUUGUCAGCCAUUCAGAAUGCUGCUGUUCUGAAAAUUGUUUUUUGCAUAUGAUGUUCAGUUUAUUUAGGGAUUCUUCAUAAGACAUGAGAUGUUUCUGCCAGUCUUUGUAGUGUAAGUGCUGUUUAAAGAAGACUGCUAGCCUGCAUCUCUUUCUCUAACUGGGGGGCCAGGGGAAUCUGAAGAAAAUCUGAAGAAGUCUAUAACAUUUUUCUUGUCUUGAAGAUGGAAUCUUUAAAAGUACAGUUGAAGCUUUAUCUGAUUUACAAGUGCAUUGAUGAUCUGUGUUCUUCCCUGGUUCCUGCCAUUUGAAAUCAACUCCUGUUGUACAUAUGAAGAAACUGGGACAUUCAUAAAGUUGAUGUCAUUAAAGCGACAGAGUAGAAAGCUUAGAAAAAUACGUUAAUUUGCAAGGAAGUGUGUUGGCAUGAGAAACUUUCCAACUGAAAAAAUUAUUCACUAAGUCAUAAGGCAGUUUAAAAUAAACUGGAGAAAAUAACUGUUCUUAAUAGAGAAUGAUUCAAUUAAGAGUCAAGUGACUAUUACUGCUUAUUGGAUAGUAACAGUUUAUUUGUAACCUUAAUUAUAUUACAAGUUAACAUUCUGUUAGUAUGUUUUGUAUUAAUAAAAGUGAACAAAAUUAGUUGUGCUAUGUAUAAGUGUCUUACUAAAAUAACAAUGCCCCUUUGUUCUUGCUAAUGGUUAGUACUCAGUUUUAACCAGGCUUAGGGAGUCCUGAUUUUAACUUCAUUGUUCUCAACUGGUGGCUCCACAGUGAUCAUAUAUCAGAUGUCCUGCAUAUCCUGCAUACUGAUACUUACAUUGCUAUUCACAACAGUAGCAAAAAUCACAGUUACGAAGUAGCAACAAAAAAUUUUAAUGGUGGGGGCGGGUCACUACAACAGGAGGAAGUAUAUUAAGGAGUUGCAGUAUUAGGAAGGUUGAGAACAACUGUUUUAACUUCUUCAUGUGUGCAUUUGUUAAAAUGUCAUCAAUUUUCAAAUUAUUAUAUUUAUUAAUCAUUGAUAACAUAAUCAUGAGACGUAUUCAUGUUACCAAAGAGCAUCUAUUCUUAGCAGCAAGUGGUGAAAUUGUUAUCUGAGUUCUAGGCAGACUGGCUAGGGUUGAUUUUAUAUCAAUGGGAUUGGAAUUGAUAGCAGUGAAACCAAAGAGGCAGUAAAUAAAACCAUAAAUAAAGGAGGAACAGGUGGGGUGGGGCUUGCUCUCUGUCUGCAUGGAAACACUGCCUGAGUUUUCUUCUUUGUGAAUGUGAUUGUUUUCAGUGUGAAGGGGUCAGAAAUGCUGCUGUUAUUAAAUUUUGAUGUAUAAAUGCCUGUUGUAGAGUUUGGAUGAUCUAAUAAUGUAUUUUCAAGCUCACUUUGGACCAUGCACCCAUCAGUCAGUCAAUGUGAAAAGCACAUUUUUCAUGUUAUUUGAAAUUUUAAAAUAAAUAUAUUGUCUAAAACCAAA